UGAAUCUUAGGUGCAUUAUUUACAUCUCUUAAACUCUUCUUACAGUUUGACGGCUAUUCCGCUCGAAGAGUAACAGAAAAUAUCAAUGAAACCAAUGUCAAAUCUUCAAUUAAUGCAUAUUUCCAUGUGAAAUUACAUCUAACAAACUGACAAAUACUCAGACAUGUUGGGAACAGUGAAUCUUUUCUUAAAGCGGGACCAGUAAACAGAAAGUAGCUGGGAAAGAUAAUUUCACAUGAUAUCUGCUUCUUUCAAAAGCACUUGUUACAGAAAUAAUUGACCAAGUCUUAAUAGCAAGAGAUGUUCACUGCUUCUGCUGCUGCUGCUGCUGCUGCUGCUGCUCUAUAAAUUAUAAGCCACAUAUAUAAUCUGCAAGUCAUUACAACUUCUCUUAUGGCUGGUACCAGCAUGAAGCUGCUCCAUGACUUCAUUUUCCUCCUAAUUUUCUCUCUCUUUUCAUUCCCCAAACUCAAUAUCUCUGCUGCAGCUACUGACACACUUUUCAGAGGCCAAACUCUCUCUGGAGAUCAAACCCUUGUCUCCAGAUAUGGCAACUUCGAGCUGGGCUUCUUCUCCCCAGGUAACUCGCACAGAUACUACUUAGCCAUCUGGUACAAGAAAGUCUCUGUAAGAACUACAGCUUGGGUAGCAAACAGAGAUAAGCCCCUCUCCAACCCCUCAUCCUCGCUUCUAAAGCUGACCACAACUGGCAAGCUUGUCCUUCUCCAAACAGCACCCAACACGACCGUAAUCUGGUCCUCCGAGUCCGCUUCCUCCGCUGCGAUUGCGGUGCUCGGCGACGACGGAAAUCUUGUCGUAAAAGAUGGUAAUUCAAGCUCCCAAACAACAUACUGGCAGAGCUUUGACCACCCUACAAACACCUAUCUCCCUGGAGCCAAGCUUGGCUAUGAUAAGUUCGCGGGAAUAAAUCGGUUCCUGACUUCUUGGAGAAGCUCAGAUGAUCCCUCCCCCGGGCUUUUCUCUUUCGAGAUAAACCCGCGCGGCGUCAGCCAAUUCUUCCUCUACUCAAACAGGACUCAUGAGUACUUCACCACAGGUGUCUGGAAUGGGAAAAUCUUCAGUGGAGUCCCCGAGAUGAGAUCCAAUUACUUCUUCAACUUCAAUUACGUCGCGAACGCCAACGUUAACUACUUCAGUUUCGCGGUUCGCGACAAGUCGGCGAUAACCAACUUCAUGUUGGAUUAUGAUGGCCAAAUGAAGAGGUCGCAGUGGGAUAACAACACAAAGCAGUGGGUCCUUUAUGGUGUUCUUCCAAGGAAUCCGUGUGAUGUUUACGGCAUAUGCGGGCCUUUUAGUAGCUGCAGCAGCACCACCUCUCCUUUUUGCCAAUGUCUACGGGGCUUCAAGCCGCGGCUUCUCGAAGAGUGGAACUCCGGUGGCGCCUCUUCUGGAUGUUCACGAAGAACUUCUCUGAGCUGCGACGAGAACGACGACUUCGACAUGUUGUUUGGUGUGCAGAUGCCUACUAAUCCUCAUCAGUUAGUCGCAGCCGUUCGUAGCGCGAAGCAGUGUGGACAAACCUGCUUAAAAAAUUGUUCUUGCACUGCAUACUCUUUCAAUAGUGGUUGUGUGCUGUGGUUUGGAGAUCUUUUGAACUUAAAGAGAUUUUCCGCUACUGCGAAAAGCAAUAGUGCAACUCUCUAUAUUCGGCUCGCUGCUUCCGAGCUGCGAAGGCCGAAAGAGGAAUGGAAGAUGUAUAAGAUAGUAGUUGUAGUUCUCACAAUUGCCGCAUUUGCUGUUAUUGCUUGCAUUUUGUUAGCAUGUGCUUUCCGCAAAAGGAAAGCAGUAGGAACUGGAAAGCAAAUCAGUGGUUCCUUGCUGCUGUUUGAUUACCGAACUAUAAAGAGGGCGACUUCGGGCUUCUCGCAGAAGCUCGGGAGCGGAAGCUUCGGGGCCGUCUUCAAAGGAGUACUGCAAGACGGAACUGUCGUGGCCGUGAAAAAGCUCGAGGGCUUCAGGCAAGGCGAAAAGCAGUUUAGGAUGGAAGUGAGCACUCUCGGAAUGAUCCAACACGUCAAUCUAGUCCGGCUUCGCGGGUUUUGCUCAGAGUCGGAUAAAAGACUUCUCAUCUACGACUGCAUGCCAAACGGUUCUUUAGAUUUGUAUCUCUUCGGAAGAAAUGAUGGCUCAGAAACCUUAACUUGGAAUCAGAGAUUCAACAUUGCUAUCGGGAUCGCGCGGGGAUUAGCUUAUCUGCAUGAGAAAUGUAGGGAGUGCAUAAUACAUUGCGACAUAAAACCGGAGAACAUACUUCUCGAUACGAACCUUUGCCCUAAGGUCGCGGAUUUUGGUAUGGCAAAGCUUAUCGGUCGUGAAUUCAGCCGUGUACUGACAUCCAUGAGGGGGACUUUUGGGUACCUCGCUCCGGAAUGGAUCGCGGGGUCGGCCAUCACUCCGAAAGCCGAUGUUUAUAGCUUCGGAUUGUUACUACUUGAGAUAGUUUCUGGAAAGCGGAACAGUAACAUGAAUGAUGAUGGAGAAUGUGUGUAUUUUCCUCUGCUGGUUGCGACUAAAUUGUACGAAAGCGAUGUGCUUUGCUUGCUAGAUGAGCAGCUGAAGGGGGAAGCAAAUUUGGAGGAGCUUGAAAGGGCUUGCAGGGUGGCCUGCUGGUGCAUUCAGGACCACGAGUUGUGGAGGCCAACGUCCCGCCGAUCCCGAAGUUACUCCAAACACUUGCGACGGAGUAAGAUCGGUGAUGAGAUAUCACUGUAAUUAGUAUAUACACUUUAGUUGUGAUUGUACACGCAAGAAUGUGUGGGUGAUGAAUAGGCUAAAUGUUAUGUAUUGCUGUUAAGUGUAAUUGUGCUUUUAUUAGCAAGAAUUGUGAAGAGUUCUUGUUUUAA